CCGCCUGGAAAGGAGUCAGAAAGAUUGACUAAGGCACAGCUGAAGAUGGGGAAAUAGCCCUGACUAAGUGGGCAAGGCAGCCAGCCAGAAGCAGGUCCCCUAGGCUCAGCCUGUCAUCCAUCCAGAAGCAGGGAGUCACUUAGUGCAACUUGGCAAGGCUUCCAGAGUGCCGGGGCUCCUGGACCAAUGCCAGUCCCUCUACCCCUGCUGCCUGCCUGCGCAUGGGCACAGUUCUACUCCCCGACCAAGUGGAGGACUAUGUAAAUACCAAAUAUUCCUGUCCUGUGCGGCUUAAGUUCCUCUCUGUUUUAUUCUUUUUUUCUUCGUGAGAACUUUUGGGCGGAGAUCGAAGAAACAAACUUUUUUUUUCACUUUCUCCGCGGUCCUGGGAAAGGAAAAAAAAAUACAAACUGGCAGCGGAAAGGACCUUCUCCCUUCUAGCAUCCAAGGGUUAAACCAUCACCUCCAGAGGACCGAAGUUGUGGGAAGUGGUGACAGCUGGGAGGGAGCAGGAUUCCCUUGCAGCCUUCAUCUGGAGCUACCCCUCCUCCGCAUGUAUGAGUGUGCUAGCAGCAGCAAAAGAGGCAGGGUUCUGCGUGUGGAGUCUCUGCUGGGACCCGAGUGAAUGGCCCCCAGGGACAGCGUGGAGCCUCUACCUCCUCCACCUCCUCAGUGCUGGGCGUGGCCUGGAAAGAUAGUGGCAAUGGGUGGCCUGGCUGGCUUCUGGGUCCUCCCCCUGCUCACCUAUGGCUACCUGUGCUGGAGCCAGGGCUUAGAAGAGGAGAGACCCCUGAGAGCUCAAGCUGGAGAGAAACCUGAAGAAGGCUCAACCGGCACCUCCCAGCCACACCUCGUUUUCAUCUUAGCUGAUGAUCAGGGAUUUAGGGAUGUGGGCUACCACGGAUCUGAGAUAAAAACUCCCACUCUUGACAAACUCGCUGCAGAAGGAGUUAAACUAGAGAACUACUAUGUCCAGCCUAUUUGCACACCGUCCAGGAGCCAGUUUAUUACAGGAAAGUACCAGAUACACACAGGACUCCAGCAUUCCAUCAUCAGACCUACCCAACCCAACUGUCUACCUCUAGACAAUGCAACCCUACCUCAGAAGCUCAAGGAGGUCGGCUAUUCAACCCAUAUGGUUGGGAAAUGGCACUUGGGGUUUUACAGGAAAGAAUGCAUGCCCACCAGAAGAGGAUUCGAUACUUUCUUUGGCUCCCUUUUGGGAAGUGGAGAUUAUUAUACACACUACAAAUGUGACAGUCCCGGGAUGUGUGGCUAUGACUUAUAUGAAAAUGACAAUGCUGCUUGGGACUAUGACAAUGGCAUAUAUUCAACACAGAUGUAUACUCAGAGAGUGCAGCAAAUCUUAGCUUCUCAUGACCCCAGGAAACCUAUAUUUUUAUAUGUUGCUUACCAAGCUGUCCACUCACCACUGCAAGCCCCUGGCAGGUAUUUUGAGCACUACCGAUCCAUUAUCAACAUAAACAGGAGGAGGUAUGCAGCCAUGCUCUCCUGCUUGGAUGAAGCAAUCCAGAAUGUGACCCUGGCUCUAAAGAGGUACGGUUUCUAUAACAAUAGUAUUAUCAUAUACUCUUCAGAUAAUGGUGGACAGCCCACAGCAGGAGGAAGUAACUGGCCUCUCAGAGGUAGUAAAGGAACAUAUUGGGAAGGGGGCAUCCGGGCAGUUGGCUUUGUGCACAGUCCACUUCUGAAAAACAAGGGAACAGUGUGCAAGGAGCUUGUGCACAUCACAGAUUGGUACCCCACCCUGAUUUCACUGGCCGAAGGGCAGAUUGAUGAAGACAUUCAGCUAGAUGGAUACGACAUCUGGGAGACCAUAAGUGAAGGUCUUCGUUCACCCCGAGUGGAUAUUCUGCACAACAUUGACCCCAUUUACACCAAGGCGAAAAAUGGCUCCUGGGCAGCAGGCUACGGGAUCUGGAACACUGCAAUCCAGUCAGCCAUCCGCGUGCAGCACUGGAAGCUCCUCACGGGAAACCCUGGCUACAGUGACUGGGUCCCCCCUCAGUCCUUCAGCAAUCUGGGCCCAAACCGAUGGCACAAUGAGAGGAUUACCUUGUCAACUGGCAAAAGUAUCUGGCUUUUCAAUAUCACAGCUGAUCCCUACGAGAGGGUGGACCUAUCGGCCCGGUAUCCCGGCAUCGUGAAGAAACUGCUGAGGAGACUGUCACAGUUCAACAAGACCGCAGUGCCUGUCAGGUACCCACCGAAGGAUCCCCGAAGCAACCCUCGCCUCAACGGAGGAGUCUGGGGCCCGUGGUUCAAAGAGGAAAACAAGAAAAAGAAGACGAACAAAACCAAGGCUGAGAAAAAGCAAAAGAAAAGUAAAACUAGGACGAGAAAACAGCUGACAGUGCACUCUUCAACAAAAUGCCACCAAGUGUUACCGCUGGCUAAAUGCAAGACUUUCUGACUUGGUUAAGCUUAAAUCGCCUGUUUUCUAGGUAUUUCGGAGAAUUUGCCUCAGAAAUGCCACCGCCAGCCGCCUCGGGCUUAUUUUCACUUUUCUCUCUGCCAUCUGGCUGCCACGUGGACAAAACCACCCUCCUGAGUGCCAAAGGCGAUGCUCCUGCAGGACGCAGAGAGAGGAAAAUGUAGUUUAUUCCUCUCUAGCCUGUGAGUGAUUAGUCAGUUGACAAAACAGAAUGCUUUGAAUUGUGACAGGGGUUGUGACCUGUAGUGGACAGGAGCACUAACCUGAUGGAAAUUAUCAGGUAACAUGAUUAAAGAUGAUUAUUGAUAGAGUCAAAGACUGCAUUACCUCAAAAGCCUAAAAUCAGUAUUUUUUUUUUGUUGGUAACAUAUGCAACUUGGGCUUUUAAACUAAUUCUACUUUGUGUAGUCUUUGCCUCUUCCUUGAAAAGAAAAAGCUGCUUCUCGAAGGUGGAUAGCUUGCAACUCACCUUAUCGUGUUUAAAGGAAGAGAAGAUAGUGUCUGAGCUUUGCCAGGAACGAACACGUUAAUAGAACAAUAAUUUCAGUAGAAAGUGCCUAAUUUAUUUUUCAAAAAAGUUAUGCAAAUGAUUUUAAUUAUUUUAUUUUUGGUUUCUAAGUAAGAAUUUUUAUCUCAGUUCUUUAAAGUUACUAAGCACUGUAAUGUCAUAAAUGACUGUAACAUCAUGUUGACUGUAUUAUCUAUCAUGUAUGUUCAUAAAAUGUAAAGGGAAAGUCAUUCAGAAAAAAGAAUUACAGUCAUCAAUUUUUCACCAUAAUUUGAAUGUAAAACGAAUAUAUUUUUAAAAUUUUGUAAAUUUGUUAUUGUACAGAGCUGAUUUUACUUUAUUGUUUCUACCAUGAACUAUUUAUGCAUAUUAAUUAUUGAAGUGAUUUAUUUUAUGGCAUUAGUGUGGCCUUCCCAAUUUUAUUAUUACACUUCCAGGUACAAUCCUAUUAUUCAUUUUGACAAAUACAAAUCUUCUUAGCGUUUUUAGCUGCCCAGGUUGGCCUUGAAUUUGUAAUAACAAGUGUAAAUCAGAAUGCUUGGCAACAAGCAAAAGUCUUUGCAAAUAGGAAUUUGAAGGGAUGGUGGGGGUAAUAAAUGAAGAUUUUGGAAAUAAAAAGAUUUUUUUCUCACAUGGCCACUGCAUUGAGAACAAUAUUCUAUACUGACCCUCCUCUUACAUAAAGUACAGGAUAGGAAAAAAUAGAAACGGAAGAUUAAAGGAUUAGCCGAUAUGAAGCUAAUCACAGGGUCAUGGAGCAGCAACUGUUACUGGCAGUCACAGGGCCUUCUGUGAUGUGCCCUAUCUUAAUGCAAAAGCUGAAGCCACACUUGAAGAGCCACAGACUGCAGGAACUUAGCAUGAACAACCAUGCUAAGACAGUUGUUGGUGAUGGAGGAGGUGGGUGGGUCCUGCACCAUUUACCAUGUAAAUGUGAGAAAGCAAAGGCUGCCCUUCAGUGUUCCAAAACCUUGUGAAGGCAUCCAUUACAAAGGUCUGAAACCACAGAAUAAAAUGGGCAAAAUGUGUCUCAAAAAGCUUAA